GACCUCGGAUCUCUGGAACAUGUGCUAAGAGCCCAACGGAGCCGCGCUGAAGCCUUGGACGGUACCAACAGUGCAGAGGAAAUAGACCUGAACACUCCGUACACUCCCGCAGAGUAUCUGUGGUUUGUACUGCAAGUGGUUAAGGGAUUGCAAUGCUUAGCGGAUAACGGGAUAGUCUACAGAGACAUUGAUGUGAGGAAUGUACUGGUUGCCACACGAAGGGCAUCAAGGGAGUGCCCAGGUGUGUGUGUCUGAAAUGAUGUGUAGAUAGAUAUAGAAGUGCGAUAGAUUGGAUUUAUUCAGUCAAACACUACGACCAACUUGUACUCUCUUACAUCGACAUAUACUAUACACUACCCCAGCUUAGUUUUCAACCAAC